CUAAAAUGAUGACGUAAUCGUCAUCUUCCGUGAUUUCGACUUUAUACGUACACAUAUAGGGUGAACUUUGUAUCAGAUUAGGUCCCUAUCACACGCUGGAAGAAAUGCGGCGAAUUACCUCAACCUUGUGUUAUAAGUUUAAAGGCAAACAAUAGAUACGGUCAACUUAAAAUUUGAAUUUCUUCCAUGGCCGAAAAACUCCCUUAUCGCCUCUCUUAUUUGAAAUCCUGAAGUACCUAAUGUGACACCUUAUAACUCGCGUAUGCGCUUUGUAUUUCUGUAUUACGGCUUCGCUUUGAUCGGUUCAGUGUAAAAAACACAACUCCCUCGUAACAUAAACCGACGGUAUAAACAGCCAACUUUGUUUUUUUUUGCAUUACCACACUAGAUCAAGGGCAAGUAUUAUUUAUAAUUUUUGCUCGUUUUGUAACUGUUUAACAAAAUAUUUGUCAUGUAAGCUUUUUUUGCUUGGGGACACGGUGCUGCAAAACGACCUAUUUUCAGUCACAGUUCAUCCAGUUGUCCAACCGAGUGUGUAUUUUUUCAAACAAAAAAGAAUGUCGAAAGUGCAGUUAGCAUACAUUUUGAUCUGUGUUGUUUUUGGGACCAGAGCAGAUGAAGUACCAAGCUCUGUGGAUAUUCAUCAAGGGGCUGUGGGUCUGCCGCGUACAGAUAUCCACGUUGCCGACAUCACUACCAAAGUAGAAGACACCCCCGUCAAACCAGAGGAUUCACCAUCAGUUCAAGGUCAUGCAGUUGUCACAGAAAAAUCUGAACACCCUAAGAUAGAAACCAGAGUGCUUGAAGCUGAAACAAUUGCAGCUCAGGAAAAAUCAGACGUAACUACUUCUGAAGAUGCCAAGACAGAGCAAGUGCAACCUGCUAAAAUGGAAGCCAGGAUACUCACCAACCAUAUAACUGUUGAUGGAGAUUUAAUGGGACUAACCAAUGAGAAAGCAGAAGAAGUGGAAGAAGGUCCGGUACCAUGCACCUGUGGGGUGUUCCUCAGCGGUCAAUUCAAAAAAGGGCACAAGACGGAACCAAAGGGCGAACCCAUCCUGAUGCAGGAAAUGGACGCACCCUUUGCCAACAAUGCGGUGGGAAGCAGGCAGUGUACCAGCAAAUGCAUCGAAACGAUUGUGAAGCACUUGCCGAAAAGUAACGAGAUUGUAUGCGCUUCAGUCGACAGAGACAACAUAUACAGAGAAAGGGCAUACCUUUUCAUCAAAAACUACAGCGAUAGGUGGCAACACACCAACUUGUCAGCGGGAAGAGAAUUUUGCUGCAGAAAUAACACGCCUUAUAAAUGUCAUUAAACUAAUGAAUAAAUUUCAAUGAAA